AAAUUGCACGCAGAGAUUCAAGAUCAUGAACGUUCCAUUGGAUUUUCUUCACAAAAUGUGCUCAUAUGAAGUUGAAAUUCAUGGUGUCAAGGUCAAGGCACACCUAGCUGAUUGGGCCAUCUUGGUUGAUACACAUAUUUAUGAGAUUUACAAGUUCAUUUUUAGAGGAAAAAGUCUUGUUGCUCUUGAUGUUAAGACUGUGACCAAUGUAGCGCAGUUGGUCAUUCUUGGUGCUGGAACUGAAUUCCUCAUAAUUCAGUUACAUUCCUUGGACUCUUAUCCCUUAUUGCUUGAUGAUUUAUUUUCUCAAGCGAUUGUUUGUUUUGUUGGUGUUAGAAUAAGUGACAUUUUGAGUUAUUCCAUUAACAUCAAAGUAAAAAUCAUAAAAAUUUGUGUUCUCAUUCAAGAACAUGGAUUGAAAAAGUUGGCUCAAGCAGCUGGAAUAACAUUGAAGCAGUCAACUUUUUCUGGCACCAAAACACCUCCAUGGAGUGUACGGCUGUUUUCAGCUGAGCAGAUCAGGCUUGCAAUACAUGAUGCUUAUACGGCUUAUGUCAUAGGAAGCAAACUUUUGGAGCAGAUAUAGGUGUCGAAUUUUGUUAUUGAAAAUGGGAUUUGUGUUUUGUUCUUGAAUCUUGAUGGGAUUAUGUCUGUGAUAUGGGUCAUGUUUUGCUUUCCUGUUCUAUUCUAAACAUUGUUUUGCUGUUUUAUAAAUCAAUAUCCUAAGG